UCCCUGAUAGGUAUGGUAAGGAAGGACUGGGCAUCCCAAAAUAGCAUUGCCCUAUCAUGGCAAGCACCUGCUUUUCCCAAUGGAGCCAUACUGGACUACGAGAUCAAGUACUAUGAGAAAGAGCAUGAGCAGCUCACCUAUUCCUCCACGAGGUCCAAGGCCCCCAGUGUCAUCAUCACCGGUCUCAAGCCAGCCACCAAGUACAUAUUUCACAUCCGAGUGAGGACUACAACUGGAUAUAGUGGCUACAGUCAGAAGUUCGAAUUUGAAACAGGAGAUGAAACUUCCGACAUGGCGGUGGAGCAGGGCCAGAUUCUCGUGAUAGCCACCGCGGCCGUUGGGGGAUUCACUCUCCUGGUCAUUCUCACUCUGUUCUUCUUAAUCACCGGCAGGUGCCAAUGGUACAUUAAGGCAAAAAUGAAGUCAGAAGAGAAGAGAAGAAACCACCUACAGAAUGGGCACUUACGCUUCCCAGGAAUUAAAACUUACAUAGAUCCAGAUACAUAUGAAGAUCCAUCCCUAGCAGUCCAUGAAUUUGCCAAGGAGAUUGAUCCCUCAAGAAUUCGCAUUGAGAGAGUCAUUGGGGCAGGAGAAUUUGGAGAAGUCUGUAGUGGGCGUUUGAAGACACCAGGGAAGAGAGAGAUCCCAGUUGCCAUCAAAACUUUGAAAGGUGGCCACAUGGAUCGGCAAAGAAGAGAUUUUCUCAGAGAAGCUAGUAUCAUGGGUCAGUUUGACCACCCAAAUAUCAUUCGACUAGAAGGAGUUGUCACAAAAAGAUCCUUCCCGGCCAUUGGGAUGGAGACGUUCUGCCCCAGCUUCCUGAGGGCAGGGUUUUUAAGUAGCAUCCAGGCUCCGAAUCCAGUGCCCGCGGGAGGAUCGCUGCCCCCCAGGAUUCCUGCUGGCCGACCAGUUAUGAUUGUUGUGGAAUAUAUGGAGAAUGGAUCCCUAGACUCCUUUUUGCGGAAACAUGACGGCCACUUCACAGUCAUCCAGCUGGUCGGCAUGCUUCGGGGCAUCGCGUCGGGAAUGAAGUACCUCUCUGACAUGGGCUACGUGCAUCGGGACCUCGCAGCUAGGAACAUACUGGUCAACAGCAACCUCGUGUGCAAAGUCUCUGACUUUGGUCUCUCCCGGGUGCUGGAAGAUGAUCCAGAAGCCGCGUAUACAACAACCGUAAGUUUACAUGUUCUUUCCCAGUAAAGCUUGUUUGCUUUCAUUGUUUGUCAUGU